UGAGGACCAAUACUCGCAAAACAUUAAAUGCAGUGACCUUACAAUUCGAUCAAAUUAAAAAUUUAUUAUGUUGCAAAAUAUUUUCUCUACUUUCAUCAAAUCAAGUUUAUUAAAUACUGUGUAAAUAUUUGUGAAAUUAUUUUCAUCAACUAAUGAUAACUUUAUUUGGAUUUUCCUAUUGUUUUGGAAUUUUUCAGUUACGGAUAUGACUUAGUGGUGUGAUUAGUGUUUAUACGAAGACAAUCAGAUACAUGUUUUUCAAAAAUUAUCAUCAAAAAGUAUAGACAUUUUUUCUAAUUAUAAUCCACAAAAUUAUCAUCAAAAGAUUUAUUUGAAUUUUUGAUGAUCAACGGAAGCAUGAAGAAAAAAGUUAAUACCCAACAUUCGUGUUUAUGGUAUACGUUCAUUUCAUUAUUUCUCAUAACAACGAACAAUUUUGUCUUUGCUGAUCCGGAUCGAUUAUUAGAUCAAGUUUCAUCCGAAAGUUUAUUUGAUGACACCGUUAAUUCUUUGCUUCUUCAAAGACUCAAGGAAGUAGCGGAAUUAAAACGUGAGAUUAUUGAAGAAGAACGUGAAUUAGUCGCUCAAAUGGAGAUUCAAGCUAUGUUGGAGGCAAAAUCACGGAAUCACCGGAUACCAAGUCAUUCAAUUCCACCAGAGUUAGGAAUUGAAGGACCAGAGAUGUUACCAAUUCCGAGUGCAAUAGUUAAUCCCGGACCCACGCAUUCAGGAAAACGAACUAGUUCAUACAUGGCUUUAUGCCACUUCAAGAUUUGUAAUAUGGGACGCAAACGGCAAUUGUAAACUGACAGAUUAUCAUCUUUUUGUCAACGUGUACAUCAAUUUGUCAACUUAUUCAUCGUGUCCAAUACCAAAGUCCUCAAUUAUUUUUGAACCUUCAGAGAAAUGUAAAUUUGAUUUUUUAUUAUCAUUCACUAACCCUGUUUCGAUAAAUUAUGUUCAAAAAAAAUUUAUAUUCCAGUGAAAAAUUAUUCAAACGACAGAAACGAAUUUUUUAAUAACAUGUUAUUAACUAUAAUCAUCUUAUGCUUAAUAUUGUAAAACUUUGUGAAUAACAUUACGAACUAAGAAGGGUACAAAAGAUUUAUAAAAUUAUAACUUUUUAAUUGUAUACUAUGAGGAAUAAGAACAAAUAUACAAAUGUUCACAAAGGCAAUCAUUUAACAAACUAAAAAUAAACUGUACGAACGAAAAAAUGUACAAUUUUUAUCCUUCAGAAACUUGAAUUAUAAAAACAUUAACAAAAAUGAUAGUAUGUAAUUAAAUUGAUGUGUAAUGGUUUUGUAACCAAUAGUGUUGAAUGAGUGAGUAGACGAAAGUAUGACGAGAAUGAAAAUACGAAGAAAAAAAUUAUAAAAAAACCAUCUUUGUACCCUUCGAAAAAAUAAUAUUUAUAUUUUCAAUUAUUAUCAAGAUAUUAUUAUUAUUAUUAUUAUUAAUAUUAACGUUAUUAUUGUGAUUUCUUUUAUUAUUAUUAUUACAUAAUUUAUUGUUUUACCACUAUCGUAUUAUUAUUAUUUUUUAUUUAUGAGAAGAAAAAGAGUCGUAUCGUGUGUAAUUCAAAAAUAUUCUGAUACGUAUCAAAAUAUACAUCUUCUUUGUAUUUGUUCAUGUAAAAAUUUGUACCGUUUACGAUUAUUGUUAAAAGUAUUGAAGUGAUAUGUAUAUUUAUGCAUCUUAAAAAAAAAACUUACUCUUCUAUCAAAUGUAUAUUGUACCUGAAUAUUUUUUUUGUUGCAACAGCAGGCUUAUUAUUCAAGUCAAUGUGUAAUAUCCAUAUGAAAAUGAAUUCCAUUGAAGAAACAAAAAUAAAUGAUUGGAAGAACA